UAGAGACCGUUGGUGGGGCUCAACCCUUUUGUCCAAAUGGCAUUCGGAUGUGCUCCUCUCUCUCUCGACAUCCGAUUGGCCGUCUACUUUCUAUCAGCCGUCAACCCUAGUCAGUCAACGGCUAUCUCGGCGCCGAAUGCUGCCAUCUUAGAACUUCAGUCAACUUCCGUACCUUCAUCGACGCCUGGGAAGGAGCUUGCUCUUACCACAAUCGCCGCUACAUUUCGCCUCACGUCGCUUCGCUGCCUUCGUAUACACAGUACCAUCGGCAACGACAACAGGGUACUUUUACCCAAGCACCCUAGACCUUGGAUGAGGUCCAUCUCCGCCUUCGUCUGCGCUAUACCGAUGCGCUCUAUCUCCCCCCGCCCCCCUCUCUCUCUCACACACAUUUAAAGGACCAGCCACACACGAACAAGGAGCUGCCUUGGAUAAAGCUUCCUAGAAAUCGAGAGCUCGGCACUGCAAUGCAGAGUUGACUUGGCGAACGGUACUUCGUACUACUACCCCGAAAUCGCAAAGGAACAACAGCAACGAGGGUUGCCGUGACUGUUUUAUGCAGUAUCGUAUGCCUCGCGACUGCUAUAUCAUCACAUCACAGUUCGAUUGCCUCUUGCUCGGCGGUACGCUCUGAGUUCUACGCUGCAGCAGCAACAACCGGUCCCGCAUCGUCAGCUGUCUGCCUAUUGACAUUGAGGAACCGAAUGAGCCAUUCCUAGUGCCAGGAGAUACGCCGCCACCGGCAACCCUUCCAUAUAUCAGCCCGCGAUCGGCGGCAACGGAUGUAAUUUUACACGCAUUCAAAGCGACAAUAUCGCUACGACAGGUGUUUUGACUGCUUCUUUCGUGACAUCUCGCUAUACCUGCUGACGGUACCACCAAUGUAUAUGACAAUUUUUUUAGCGUAUCAAACAACCGGGUGGUAAGAUGCACAGUUAGAGUAUUACAGUUAAAUUGAUCUGCUUUUUCGAGGGGGAAAAGCAGUUUGUUAUAAAAAAAAAUACAUACAGAUUCAAAGAGACACGCGUAUAUCGGUGCGUACACGUAUUUCUCCGUUAUCCACGGCCAGAGAAUUAAAUUUUUGCAUGUAGCAGGAAUUGCUAGUUCCAACUGUUUAUAAUAGACCUUUGCUUCAGACGUACGCAAAAGAAUUCAAAUAGACCGCGCGAUAUUUUUUCUUUUUUCUUUUUUUCUCUUACAGUUUCCUGAUCCACGAAAGAUGCAGAUCAACCUGACGGGUUUUCUAAAUGGCAGAAACGCUCGGUCAUUUAUGGGCGAACUUUGGGAUCUAUUGGUGUCCGCACAAGAAAGCGUUACGGGUAUUCCGGAAGCUUUUUUGCAACAAAAGAAGGACCAGAUUAAAAAACGUUUGGAGGAGCAGGAGAAGCUGCAGGCUUCAUUGGCCGAAAAGGAAAAGGAGAAGGAGCGUGAGAAAGAUAAGGAUGAAACGGAGACCAAAGUGAAGAAGGAGGAUAAAGAACGUGCUUCAUCCAAGGAGCGGACAAAUAGCAGUAGGAGAGACCGAAGUCGGGAUCGGGAUCGUGAUCGUGAUCGUGAUCGUGAUCGAGACAGAAUUAAGAGAAGCAGGUCGAGGGAUCGUCAUAGAGAUCGUGAUCGUUCUACUCGUAAAUUACGAAGAUCUGAUUCACGUUCGCCGCCAUGUAGCAAGGCUGUCGUUAAAGAUAACGGAAAGGAGGCAUCUGAAACAAAAGUCGAACGUGAAGAUUCACCACAGGCUGAAAAUGCAAUUCCCUUGAUGCCCAUGAAAACUAAACCUGAGGCCGCAGUUGCUAUAUCACGACUUCAAGCCAAAUUGAUGAGCAUUGCGGAUGGGAAAAAGAAAAACAAUCGUUCACCCUCGUCGGAAAUACCGGAAAAGUUAUCGCAAAAAUCACGCUCGAAAUCUCCUGUAAAUCGUUCCAAAAAGUCUCGCUCAAAAUCUCCCAUUUCAAGACAACAACGGAGGUCUCGAUCGCCACUGCCGAGUAUAUCUAAGUCGAGAACGAGACGAUCGAGAUCCAAGUCCAAAAUUAAAAGACUGUCAACAUCCAAAUCCCAAGAUAGGUCCAGAAGAAGUAAGUCUAAGUCUCCCAGAGGAAGAAGAUCACAAUCGAAAUCACCUUCUCGUUCCAAAAGAUCAAGAUCGAGGAGUGGAGACAGAGAGAAAUCGCGAAAAACGAGGUCAGAUUCGAGUGAUUCGAGAUCAUCGAAGUCUACGUCAAAGUCACCUGGAAAACGACGAAAGAGCAGUAGUACUGAUGGAAAUCGAAAACGAGAUGACACUAGCUCGAGCAGUAGCUCAGACUCAGAAAGAGAUAAGGGAGGAGCAAAGGACAAAAACGAUUUUGAAAUAAAAAAGAAAAAAGAUGGCGUCCAGGCGAAGAGAUCGUACCGAAAGACGAACAAAGAUGACAGCGGCAGCGACAGUGAUUCUAGCCGUGAGCGAAAGCCGACCACUAAGAGACGAAGUAUUUCCCCAAGGAAAGAUCGAGACAGAUCGAGAGAGAGAGAUAGAUCGCGUGACAGAACCAACAGAAGAAGGUCAUCCUUGGAAAAAGAACGGGAAAGAAGACGCGAACGUGAUCGUGAUCGUGAUCGUGAUCGUGAUCGUGAACGCGAUAGAGAGCGAGAGAGAUUAGAUAGAUAUAGCGGUGGUCGCGGAAUGAGACCGCCGUCGGUACGAAGGGCACCCAGCAGACGUAGAAGUCCACCCCGCAGGAGCCCAGCACAACGGUAUCGACGUAGAUCACCUAGCCCUGGUGACCGACGUAGAAGACGGUCCCUUGAACGGAGGCGUCGAUCAUCGGAGAGACGCGAACGACGCAAGUCGAUCGAACGUCGCGAUAGCAAACAUUCACCGGAAGUCCGAGAGCGUUCAAACAGGUACGACAGAUCAUCAUCUCGCGACAGGUCUGCCAGACAAGCGCGUUCCAGAGACCGUAAAAGAGAUAAGGAACGUAGAUCCAAGUCAAAGGAGCAAAAAUCAUCGAUUGAACGCUCAAACCGAGAUGGCAAGCGAUCUCCCGAUAGAGCCAAGGAUAUCAUGAGCGAACGAACUACGGAGAAGAAAGCUGCCGCUGAAGAAAAAAAUAAAAAAUCUAGGGAAAUGGAACCGCGAAAAGAAUUGCGCAACGGAAGGUCUAAGUCAACUAGCUCGGAAAGUAGCGAGAGUGGCUCCUCUACCGAUGAGGAGCGACCAUCCAGAAAAUCAGCCGAGCCCAAGAUGUCACAGAAUCUGGAGAAACGAGAACGAGCUCUUCCUCCUCCUCCUCCUCCUCCGCUUCCUCCCCCUCCUCCUCCACCUCCUCUUCCUCAUACCGAGGAGAAGAGAAAGGAGAAGGAGAGACUAGUUAAGGAAGAUUCUGGAAAACGUACGGAAAAGGAACCUACCAAGAAGCUGGAUGCUACUUCGAGUGCAUCAAAGAAAUCUGAUUCCAUCGUUUCUCCGAAAAAACUUCCAGCUUCCGCACCUCCUCCUGCUAGGCACAGGUUCUCCAAGAGUUUGUCCCGCACUCCGUCACCUUUCAAAAAGACAGAGGACAUCGUUACAGCAACGCCGUUAUCAACAAUAUCAACGACCACAACCGUGACGAUGGUUUUGAAACCGAAACAACAGUUCUCUAAUCGUUGCUGUUGUCCGUUUAGAUUAGACGCCAAGGAGGAAUCCCCGAAGUCGACGGAACCGACACACACUUCGGGAGAUGCCUACCAGUCUAAAAAGGACGAGAGAUCCCGUCAGCCGAAUAAGGUCUUACUCAUUGAAGAAAGAAAAUUGAGUCAAAAAUUACCAGAUUCUGUACCAGCAUUUAAAAGAAAAACACUCGAUGAUUCCGGUAGUAAAAGGACUAAACGUGAAAAACGAGAAGCCUCAUCCGACUCUGAAGACAGCAGCGAAGCAGCUAGGAAAAAACAGCAAAAGAAAAAUGAAAAAUUGAGAAGGUCACGCAAGGGAUCUAGCGAGGAGGAAAAAUCAGAAAAAAGUAAAGUCGUAUCUAGUUCAGAUUCGGAUAACGAUUGCAGACAACAGCAUACAGAGAAAAACAAAAAAAUCAGAGACUCCAGUCACGCCACCGAUCCCGUAGACGACUGCAACAGAGAGAGCAAAGGAAGUAAUAAAAAGAGAGAGAGCAGUGAGGCAGAUUUAUUCAGAAAACGUACUAAGAAGGACACAGUGGAAGACUUCAAAAGAUCCAAGAAAUCUAAGAGGGAUUCGUUUUCAGGAGAAGACGAGCAUAAGGCAAAGAAGUCGGCGAAAGGAGAGGAGGAGAAAUCAAAAUCUAGAAAGAGCAAGAAAGAUUCAAGCUCAGACGAUGAACCAAAAAAAUCGAAAAAGCGAAAGGACAGCUCGUCCGAGGAGGACAGGUCAAGAAUGAGAAAAUCUAGAAAAGAUUCGACCAGUGACGAGGAGGGAGGAAGGAUCAAGUCAAAAAAGAGCAAAAGGGAUUCAAGUUCGGAGGACGAUGACAUCGUGGAAAAAGGAUCGAAGAAAAAGAGGAAGGUGGAUGAGAGCAGCGAGGAAGAAAAGGUGAAAAAGAAGCGAAAAAAGAAGGCAAAAACAAGCACGAGCGAAUCAGAGGACAGCGAAGUCGAGGAAAAGAAAAGAAAGAAGGAUAAGAAGCACAAGAAACACAAAAAGCAUAAGAAGCACAGAAAACACAAGAAAAAGAAGAUUGCCGAUUCAGAAGAAUCGGAUGCGAGCGAAGGAAACACGGAAGAACUGGAGAGGAAGCUUCGAGAGAAGGCAUUGAAAUCAAUGAAGAAGGGUAUUAGCAUAGAGCGAAGCGACUAAAGCGUUUCAAACGAACUACUAUAUGCUCGUCGUAAGAGAACAAAUAAGAAGCGACCGAGGACCGAGAACAUCAGCAAAUUAUAUAUCGGUCGUUCGAUGUCGCAAAACAUUUUGCGGCGUAGCGUAAUGCAAAUGGCGAAUGGAAAGCGGACUCGAAUACGAAUAUUUUAGCAUUCACGUACUUAUUUGCGUGACAGGAUGUGAAUGGAUAUAUCAAUGUGUGAAUUACGUUAAUCGAAUAAAGGACUGUGGCCAUCGUCCAUAGAGCCGUAUGGCCGUCGAAAACAUUGAAAGAUGAAUGUGUCGCAAUUAUCAGCAACGGUACCGUUGUUACUGAACGAAAAGUAUAAUCCGACGAAGGACAGAAACCUGUGUCCAUUAUUAGCAUUUACAUUUACAACUUUUCGUCGCUCUUUAAUCAUUCUUGUUUAAUUUUUCAAGAAAAACGUUGACGAGUCUAUUUGAUGAGUGUAACCGUGUGACCUGAGAGCAAUUCAACGCGCCAUUAUGCGAAGGAACGAGUGCCGCUUGUAACUUGGAGUUUACAAGUCACGAUCGAUCUUAAUGCUUUGUAUCGUUGCUUCAAUUACAAUAGCCAUACGAUUCCCAACACUAAAGUUUUAUCUUUAACGUAUUUAGUUUGUACUCGCUGUGACGCGUGUUUCACAAUUUAUUAUUACUUCAGACACUGAAAAUACACUAAUUUGAAGGAA